AUGGUUACUGCUCAUGGAGCACUUACGGGCAGUUCUUCAGGAAUUAGCUCGUACAUUAAUACAUAUACUAAUGCAUUGGGUGUGGGUGUUAUCGUCGCUAUUGUGGUUGGAAUUCUUAUCGCACUGGGUGUAUUUAUUGCCAUUAUUGUAGUAUUAUGCAUCUUGGCCAAGAGAAAAAAACGAGCUCAAGUAUGGGCUAUUCAAGCACAACAGCAAACAAUGAAUCAGCCAAGCAUCAUCAGUGGUACACAACAACAACAACAACAACAACAACAACAACAACAGUGGCCACCUGCAACUUAUCAGAAUCAGUAUCCGUCUGCUGUUCCGAUAACCUAUGGUAAUCCACAAUAUCCACCAACAUAUUCUUAA